GAGUCGUGUUCCAUAAGGCGCGCUCAGUGUACCAAGACGAACGUUACCAAGCGGUUUGUCCUCGAUUUCGUACGUAACGAUAUUCAAAAAUAUAAAAGAGCAUGUCGCAAUCGGAACACAACGUCAGUCCUACCUUUGACAAGGAAAUGUCAACAUCGAAGAGUAAUUCAACGUUGAGACUCAAUCAAGAGGGUGCUGGUGCACAGGAGAGAGAUUAUGAUCGGGAUUCGGAUUCGGAAAUGAGUGAGAAUGAUUUUUUGACAAAGGGAGCAUUUUUACUUACACCCAGCCAUGAAUUGACUAUGGAAAAGGCUGCGACCAUCUGUGACAAGAUGAAUUUCCGUGGUGCUUUCUCGCUAACGAAAACAGCAACGGGAAUUCUCUUCAAGUUCAGCAAUAUCGACGACUUUCAAGCUGUUUACAAGAAAGGCUUUCACAAAGUUACUGGUGCGAGAUUCUACAAGAAAGUUGCAAUACCAUGCAGACCGGCAAAGAUAUUUACAGUUUAUGUGCUGGAUGUACCUGAGGAAUUGCCGGAGGAUGACAUAAGACAUGCCCUGUACAAGUAUCGCUCCAUUGUCGAGGUCACCAGAUUGCCGUUGAACACAGCAACCGUUUUGAAAGCCAUCAAUGAUAAAUUAAAGGGCGACACCCAGAAUGCAAAUGAGCCAUCAACAAUCUACACUGGUCCACCGAUAAUACGAGUCACCCUGGCGAGUGUUGAAGAGACAUCCAUGCUGCUCAGCCGUGGACUAGACUUCUACGGCGCCACGUAUUUUCCGACUGAAACGCCUAAUCCCGCGAAUCCAUCACUCACCAAGUACAAAAAUAGCAGUUUCAUCAUGUGGAAUUCUGACAACAGAUGGAUGGAGUUAGCUGCUGUUGGUGCUGGUCAGCGUGUACGUGAUCUUCUCCCUGUAUUCGAUAAUUCUGGCUUCACUAAACUGCCACCACCAGCGAGCCGAGUCAUCAAGCCCCAGCGAAAUUGAUGGGAAAAUCACCCCCAAAAGUGUGAAAAAUUGCCAAAGCCUAAUGAGAAAAUUACCAAAUUAAAAGCGACCAAAAAAUUCUCUUAAUCUAUUCAUGGCACAUGACGGAUGUGAGAAAUUUCAUCUCGUCUUUGCGAAAAGUUAUUAACGUUUAGAGAUUUGCAAUUAAGAAAACCAUUUAUAUUCACGUUAUCCCUCACCACCUCCUAUCGAUCUGCGCGUGCGAAAACUCGGGUGGUAAACUUGGAGAAGUAACUGUUCUUGACAAGUGGCGAAUAAUUAGGUGGUUGCCUGUUCUAGAAUUCCAAAUACGUUAUCAUGUCCCAUAAAUAUAAAUGUGUUUAUUAAAUUUUCUUGAGUUAACGGAUUAA